GCCAGGACCGCCAUUUCGUUCGGCGGGGCUGGGGCCGGGGCCGGGAGCGGCGGGAGGAGCCGCGGUCCCUCUGUGUUCUGUCUGCAGUGCCGAGCGGAGCUGCCGGGCCCCCGGAGCCCCGGGAGCUGUUCCAGGCAUGAGUGCCCAGGCCUGCCCCCAGCACUGAGACCCCUGAGCUGCCAGGAUGCCGAUCCCUCCUCCCCCGCCGCCGCCCCCCGGCCCCCCGCCGCCCCCCACCCUCAGCCAGGCGAACACGGAACCGCCGAAGCUGAGCCGAGAGGAGCAGCGGGGCCGCGGGGCCCUCCUGCAGGACAUCUGUAAAGGGACCAAGCUCAGGAAAGUGACCCAAAUCAAUGACAGGAGUGCGCCCAUCUUGGAAAAGCCCAAGGGCAGCGGCGGCGGCAGCUACGGCUCCGGCUCAGCUGCCAUCCAGCCCAAGGGCGGCCUCUUCCAAGGCGGCGUUCCCAAGCUCAGACCUGUGGGAGCCAAGGACAGCUCAGACAGCUCCACUAAACAAACACUACAAGUCCCUGGCUCCCGAGCAGCUGCUCCCAGGCCCCCCGUGCCGGCCAACAACAGCCGCCCUCAGGACGAUGCCGACAGCAGCCGGGGCUCCCCGCCGGAACUGCCGCGCACGCAGAGACCCUCCCUGCCUGACCUGUCGCGGCCCGGCGCCGCCGGUGGCACCGGCAUGAAGCACAGCUCCUCGGCCCCGCCGCCCCCGCCGCCGGGACGCCGCGCCGCCGCCCCCCCGGCCCCCCCUGCAGCGCACGCCAAGGCCUCGCCCUACAACCGGGAGAAGCCGCUGCCGCCCACCCCGGGACAGCGCCCGCCCGGCAGCAGGGACGGGCCCCCCGCCCCGCCGCCCAUCAAACCCCCCCCUUCCCCCGUCAGCCUCCGCUCGGGCGCUCAGGGCCAGUCCCUCGCCCCCCCGCCGCCCCCGUACCGGCAGCCCCCCGGUGUCCCCAACGGCCCCUCCAGCCCCAGCAGCGAGUCGGCCCCGGAGCUGCCGCAGAGACACAACUCCUUGCACAGGAAGGCACCGGGCCCCUUGCGGGGUCUGGCGCCGCCGCCGCCCGCUGCCGCCUCCCCGAACCUGCAGAGCAGCCGCCCCCCGCCGCCGGCCAGGGACCCCCCGAGCCGUGGAGCAGCUCCGCCGCCCCCGCCGCCGAUGCUGCGGAACGGGGGGCGCGACGCCCCCCCCCCCCCCCCCCCCUACAGACUGCACGGCCCCGCCGAGCCCCCCAGCCGGGGGAAGCCCCCGCCGCCACCCACCCGCACCCCGGCCGGGCCCCCGCCGCCGCCGCCGCCCGUGCGCAACGGGCACCGCGACUCCAUCUCCACCGUCAGAGCAUUCCUGGAUGACUUUGAAUCCAAAUACUCCUUUCAUCCCGUUGAAGACUUCCCAGCCCCAGAGGAAUAUAAAUACUUCCAGAGAAUCUACCCCAGCAAAACAAACAGAGCCACGCGUGGGGCUCCCCCUCUGCCCCCCAUCCCCAGGUGAAAGCGGGCUGUGCGGGUGGAUUGUUCCAGAGCAGAGACGUGGAGCUCCUUCCCCUUCCUCAGCCGGCCCCCCCCAGCUCCCAGCGCCCCGGAUCCUGCAUGACACACUCCCAGCCUCUCUGGUUCUCCCAGGACACCAGAUCCCCCCAGUGCAGCGUGCUCUGCCAGCCUCACCUCAUCUAUGCAGCCCCCAGGAGCCGGUGACCUCGUGGCAAGCCUGGAUGGGGCCAUCCCUCAUUGCUCCUCAUGGAUCUGCCUGGGAGCCGGGCACAGGACUUGAGGCCAAGCUGUGUGCUGGCUGUUGGGACCAGGGGGGUCAUGGAGGGGUGGCUGGGGUCAGGCAGGGGAUGGACAUGCUGUGAGACCCCCCAGAGUGAGGGGGGGAGCAGGACAGGCCGGCAGAGCCUCGUGAUCCUGGUGGAACCUUGUUAUCCCGGCACAGCCCAUUGCUUUUUUGCACAGGAGCCAGUGGAGGCAGGGGGGAACGUGAGUGGGACCAUGCAGGGACACCCCAACAGCUGGUGGGGACCCCCUUUCUCUGACCCCACAGGGGGGCACACCCCCAUGUGCCCCCCUCAAAACCACUGCUCCCCUGGCUCUCACUGCUGACUCCCCCCAAACUUGAGCAUUUUAACGAGGAAACACUAAUUCCAUGGGGAGGGGGCCGUUGGUGCUGGGUCUGGCACACCAGGGGGCACGUGGGGGGGCCCUGGGGGCCGGGGAUGUUUUGCCUUACACUCCCUGUCCCACGGGGGGGUCACACUAACGUAGUUACUGAUCUCUUUGUACCAUAGCAGGAAGGGCACGGGGUGUGGGGGGGCCACCCCUGCAGGCGGGUUUGGGGCUCAUUCAGGGGAUUUUUUUUUUUUUUUUUUCUAUGAUGAUGGACCUUCCCCUGUUGAGGCUGGAGCGAGGUGGGUGAGGGGUGAGUGGGGGGUUUCUCUGGAGAAUGAGCCCCCCCCUCCCCCAGUGCUGCCCUUUGGGUUAAAUAAAGGUUCAAUACGGUUCUGCCCCUCCUGGAGCGAGGGGCCCUUUUAAAAGGGAACAGGAAUUUGGAGGAGCUGGAAAUUACAUUUAAAUAAAAGUAAUAAAGUGAUUAAUGAUG